UCACUGAUAGCAACAGCUUUUGCACUAUGGGAGGAGGCGCUGAACGGAAGGUUGGAAUUCCACGAAGUGACCUAUCAAGACGCAAACGGCGAUGAAGUGAGGAAACCUCCAGAUGUGGAUAUUGAUAUACUGUUCGCAAGAGGAGAUCAUGGAGACAACGAGGCAUUUGAUAGCAAUGGCGGUAUGGUCGCUCAUUCGGAAUAUCCUCCGAAAGGGAUUCUUCACCUCGACGCCGAUGAGCGGUGGUCGUUUGAUGGAUCUGAUGGAGUGGAUUUGCGUUACGUG